GCGCGUGUCUAAAGCUACGGGCACACGUGUCAGUCGCAAAAAAUAUUUUGCGACUCAACAGACAAUUUGUUGCAAUUGUGUAUACAAACAAUUGCAUAAUUGAUAAACAUGCUGGUUAUUUGCGAGUGGCUGUUUGUUGUGGUUUUAAAAGUGUAACGAUUCGAAAAUUAUGUGGGCCAAUUGGGUGCCGUAACCUCACCUACUCAAUUUAAUAUUUCUUUUCCUCAUUUGCGAGCUCGUCCAGAAAUUUGUAAUGGUGCCAAUAAAACACUUGCUUUAAUUCGAGAAUGGACAUCAACGAUAGCUUCUGAAAAGACUGUAAACAAAGUAGAAUGGAAGAGUCAUAUCCAAAUGGAGAAGAACAUAAUCUAAGUCAAAUUUGUAGUAUAAAAUCAGAACUUCCUAAACAAGACUGUUCCAGCCCCAGCCCCACUGAAACUGUAUGCUUAGACUCGAUCUGCUCCCACAAUGUUCCAAGUAUGUCACAAGAUAAUACAGGAGUGGAGUCCGAGUUUUAUAUAGGAGAAUUGAAGACUGACGAGGAUGGUAGAAACACCAAGACCGAUUUCUUGGGCGAACUCGGGUUGUUCGAGUGCGACGAAGAAGCCGUACCCAAUUGGGACGACUGUAUAAACAGAGACGUCUCCGAGGAGAUCCAAGAUGAUGAUGUUAGCAGUUGUGAGGAGCUGAUAGAAGCGGCUGCGCCUUGUGGCAGUCACCAAACCACUCCAAAGAGCAGUCUGUUAAGGAGGAGUACUUCAGAUACUUCAGAUCGAGUUUGGCAAAAGAAGCGCAAACUAGAUCUACAACAUGGUCAGCCUAGCAAGAAGUUGGUUGCGGAGCGUAAGGCGGAGAGUUGUCCACUGCCCACGGGCUCCGCCUCAACACGUGGUACGCCGUCAAGCUGCGGCGCCCUCACGCCUAAGACGCGCGCCGUUAUCCCAACAAAGGACAAUCCUCCACCCGAAAUGUCCGAUUGGCUCACUCAGUUCCAGGCCUGGUCGAACGCCGAAAGAAUCAUGGCCAUCAACGAGUUAAUCGCUCGCUGUGAACCGACUCAAGUGAGACACAUGAUGGCGGUGAUCGAGCCCCAGUUCCAGCGGGACUUCAUUUCGUUGUUGCCCAAAGAACUGGCUCUGAACGUGCUGUCGUUUCUCGACCCUAAAGAUUUGCUACGCGCCGCCCAAACCUGCAGAAGCUGGCGCUUCCUGGCCGACGACAACCUGUUGUGGAAGGAGAAAUGUAAGCAGGCGGGUAUCGAGGACGUGCCGAGGAAACGUUGCUCGCCACGUUGCCCCUCGAAUAUGUCGCCGUGGAAGGCUGCUUAUAUGAGGCAGAAUCUGAUCGAGGCCAAUUGGAGGAGCAAGCCGAUCCGACCGCCUAAGAUGCUGAAGGGACACGACGAUCAUGUGAUUACGUGCCUUCAGUUCUGCGGCAACAGGAUCGUGAGUGGGUCGGACGAUAACACGUUAAAAGUAUGGUCUGCGACAACGGGGAAGUGUUUGCGUACGUUAGUGGGUCACACAGGUGGUGUUUGGUCAUCACAAAUGUCCGGCAGCACCAUUAUCAGUGGCAGCACAGACAGAACGCUUAAAGUUUGGGACGCAGACACCGGCGUCUGCAUAUACACCUUGUACGGGCACACAUCCACUGUUAGGUGUAUGCAUUUACAUGGAAAAACGGUGGUGAGCGGUUCAAGAGAUGCGACUCUUCGUGUAUGGGACAUCGAGACGGGCAGCUUCUUGCAUGUGUUAGUAGGGCAUUUGGCGGCCGUACGAUGCGUGCAGUACGAUGGGCGAUUAGUUGUGUCAGGGGCGUACGAUUACACGGUCAAGGUGUGGAACCCUGAGACCGAGGAAUGUUUGCACACAUUGCAAGGUCAUACUAACAGGGUGUAUUCUCUGCAGUUUGACGGAGUUCAUGUAGUAAGUGGAUCAUUGGACACCAGCAUACGUGUUUGGGAAGUGGAAACUGGACAGUGCAAGCACAUGCUGAUGGGUCACCAAAGCCUCACUUCUGGCAUGGAACUCCGCAACAACAUUUUGGUGUCGGGCAAUGCAGACUCCACGGUGAAGGUGUGGGACAUUGUGACCGGGCAUUGUCUUCAAACCCUCUCUGGACCUUUCAAGCAUCAAUCGGCCGUCACCUGUUUGCAGUUCAACAGCCGUUUUGUAAUAACAUCAUCCGACGACGGCACAGUAAAGUUGUGGGAUGUGCGCACCGGCGAGUUCAUACGCAACCUCGUUGCCCUGGACAGUGGCGGCUCGGGGGGCGUCGUGUGGCGCAUACGCGCCAGCGACACGAAGCUGGUGUGCGCGGUAGGCAGCCGCAACGGCACCGAAGAGACAAAACUCCUUGUCUUAGACUUCGACGUCGAGUCCUCGGCACCGUCCGGCUCGUCGCCGUCUACCGCGUCGACUUCACCGGGAAACGGUAGCCAGUCCUCCGGGCCGCCCCAGCAGGCGCCGGCCAAUUCGGCGUUCGUGUCCAGGUAAUCGAUCGCCACGGGACCACCCCGUUCUCCCGAUUGAACACGUCCACGUCCGCGUUGCGGUCCGUGUUGCGCCGCUGAAUCUAUGAUUUACCGAUUGCCAGUCACCAAUUAAUUUGAUACAAGUGGUUAAUGAUAUUUUAUUGUAACGUGCCACGAAAUUUUUAGAAUGUCUGAGCCCCCGUUUACUUACAAAUGUAUUAAUUUUGUAUGGUUCAAGUUCAGCGUCGCACCGAUUUACAAUACAUUUUUAAUCGAAUGUCACGUAGAGACGCAGCUUUAGGGCGUGUAACGUUUCAUUGUGGACGAACCGGUCCGAUGAUCUUUUCAUUUCGAAGGACUCAAAAAAUUAUGUGCGCGUGCCUGCGUCUGUCCUAUAGUGUGUUGCGAUUGCGUGAGUGUGUUUUGUUUGUGAACGUUCUCUGGCGUGGUUUUUGACGUUUUGCGGCAAUCAGUGGUAAUACUUGGAAUAAUUCACUUUUAAUUUAUUGUAUUGGUUUCUGUUUUAUCGUUAGUUUACUCUCAACAUUUAUUGAAUGAAUUUAUUGUUACCCACAUCAAUUGAAAAUCUGUCUAUUAAUUCAGAAACUUUUUGUCACGGCUUUACUCGCACUUACAUGUUAUCUUUCUUUUGUUGAUGAACGUGGAAGAAGUGAAAUUGCACACGUCGCUUCCAGACGUAUGUACAGAGAGAUAAGAAUUUUAGUAUGUCAAAUAAACUGUGAUAUGUAAUUUUACCUUUUGUUGUCGGAAAAGUGGAUUAUCGAUUUAUUAGCAUUUAAACUGAUAAAUGGAGAAAAUCGCGUUACUAGUUUUAUCAAUACCUUUGCGAAAUGCUACUAAAAAUAAAUCUGGUGCUUUACAAUUGCGAAAAAAUUACCACCUGAAAUUUAUUUCAUGAAUUAUUAGUACAAACUCAUUGUUUUUUACGAGAUUGUGUCAUAUGAGAUUAUUUUUGCAUUUCUGCAAAAUCAAUAAGUCUGUAAAGAAAUGUCACAAUAAGCAGUAUCAGAUUAUUUAUGUAUCAUCUAGUAAAAGAUAUUAAUGUAAUUUCUCCUUUAAAAAUUAAAUAGAUUUGUUUGUCUGUUAAAACUUAUUGUGACAGAUUCUAUAUAAUAAUAAGUAUGUAGAAUAUUCCAAUCAAAAUACUAAAUUUUAGGCUUAAUUUACAAACAUUAUUCAUUAGAAAAGGGAACAGCUUAAUCAGCCUUCAUUAGUUAAGUUUAAAUCUACAAAGUGAAUCUCUGUUCCUAUAGUUGUAUAUUUUGCACCAGAUGAGACUGAUUGUUAGGUUUAAGUUAGAAAAAAUAUAGGUUGAAAAUGUUUGACUUAGUAGAAUGUUGACUGAGAAAUCCGGACUUAACAAUCAUUGUUACUGCUUUUUUAAAUUUGAUGGUGGUCAACAUUCGAUGGGGUCUGUUUUUCUUGAGAUUAUUUAUGUAGAUGAUAUAGCAGUAGCAACUGAUUUACAAUUUUGGCUUAGUAUUUUUGUCCAUCAGUUGCGACUGUUCGCUUAUACUCACUACAUAUUUGUAAUUGGCAAUUACAGUCCAACCUCGGGAUUUUCAAGAACUAACUAAAUUUGAUUUAAUUUAAAAUACAGUAAAAAUUCAUUUGAAUCGUUAAUUAUUAUCACAUCAAUUUUAUUUAAUAUUAUUUACUUUAUAUUACAUGGGAGUCCAAUUCAUGCUCAAACUUCUUGUCAUAGCUCAACUUAGAAUAGUCAACUAACCAUGUCAUAAAUGCAUCACAUCUAGUUGUUUUAUUUUAAUAUUUUGUUUAAUUAGCCAUCAACAUUUUUAAAACGACAAUAGUUUAGUACACUUGGUGAUUAUUGUACAAUGUGAAUGAGAAAUAUAACAUUUUAUAGUAAUUAUUUUUAUGCAGAUAUACGAGUAAAAAGUCGAAAACGCUUAGUAAUUAAUGUAUUUUCGAUAUGUCGAGGAUGAAUAUUUGAGUUUUAAACUAUGAUGUGCCUCAAAACACACUAAGCUAUCAAUUAGAUUAUCAAAAAGUGGAUACAAAAUUUCAAACAUUCCCCUGAAUAGUUUAGUUUGUUGCUCUUGCCUGUAAAUUGUUUUCAAUUAUUUUGCCAAUAAAUUGUAUUGUUUUGUAUAGUUUGAUCUCUGUUUGGAAACAUUCACUUGGAAAUAAUAUGUAGUAACGUUUAGAAUAUAUAGCAAAUUAUUUAAAUUAGCAGUGAUUGUCAAGUUUAUUCGGUGAUUAUCUGUAUUAUUUUUGAAAGUCUGGUGUUGUUAAUGUUAUCAUUUCUUAAUCUGUAUUUGUUGUAUUUAUUUUAUAAAAACGAAUAUUCCUAACAA